AUUCAAAAUUUAUCACUUCAGUUUGAAGGAUGGGAAUUUGCUUUGAGCCCUGAUCAAUUUAACCUUGUUUCGAUCCUCAAAUUCCGUCGUAUGAAAGAUGACUUCACGUACAAGAAGAGUGUUGAGCAUGCUGAAAUAUUUAAGUUUGUAUUGUACAUUGCGGAAACAGCAACUGAUAAAAAAUGGAAAGAAGUCGCUUCAGCUCUCAAAGAAAAUGAAAUGAUUAAACGCCAAACGCAGUGGGAGGAAGUUAAAUUAUUCUGGAAUAUUGUUGAAAACGAAAAAGUUGACUUAGAUGAACGUUUGUUGAAAAAGAAGUUGGAGCAAGCCAAGACCCAGUUUAUUGUUGAUCGUUAUGUGUCAGGGAAUGAAGCUCAUGUGAUCGCAGACAAGGCAAAAUUAGAUUAUAUGUUGGCCCUUGACUCUCCUAGUGUUCUUACAAUACCACCAUCCGAUACUUCUUUCAAAACACCACCACUCGAUACUUUUCUCACAACACCACCACCCAAUACUUCUCUUACAACACCAGGAAAUAAGGCCAAUACUGUCUUGAACGAGAAUCAGAAGGAUAAACCAAUAACUGGAAGUAAGCGAAAAUAUCCAAAUGAGGAAUCAACUCUGUCAACUCCGUCAACUCCCCCAAAUAAGCAUGCAAGUCCACCAGAAAGCUGGAUUCGCUCAAAAGAGAAGAGUAAUUCUGGAAAUAUCUUUCCCAACAUCCUUCCCAAUGGUACAAUACUACAAGAACCACCACCAGCACCAGAUUUCAUUUCGUUAUAUGACGAUGAGGAUGAUAAUCCAUUAAUGGUAGAAAAUGAUAAUGACGAAGAUAUUCCUACCUUGGAUAAUGUUCUUUGUUCUUCCCUGCCAACUAAUAUACAGAAUUGGAAUUUGUCCUCGGGAAAACUUGUUAACGACAUUUUUGCUAAAAAUUUAUCUCAACAUACUGAAAUGUUAAAAAAUAAAAAGAAGCUGACUGCAGAAGAGAAAGCAACUUUAAGAUAUGGAGUAUCAAGAGUUAUUGAUCUUUCAGCUCAUAUGCGAGUAUGGUUUACUGAAACUGAACGUCAGGAUAUGAUGAAAGAUCAUGAAGAAAUUCUCAAAGUUCCCGAAUUGACAAAAGACAUUAAUGAGUUCAUUGCAAAGGUGGAAAAAAUGAUAAAGGAAGGCGAUGCUAAUGGGGCAUAUAAAUAUUGUCUUAAUCAGCAUGCAGAUGCAUCAGUCAAUACGUGUUUUUACAAAAUAAGUAAAAUAUAUGGUGAUUUUCUCUACAAUGUUAAAGAUGGAAAUGAUCUUUUAUAUUGUGGCGGUGAGCAUCACACCGAAAUUGAUGUUAUUGUAAAAACAUGUUCUUACAUUGUCAAUGGACUGCAGAAUGGAACUGAAAUACAUUGUAAAUGCCAGUCCGCUAAUUAUGAAAGAGGUAGGAAAUGUGAUGUCCGAUUUUUAAGUCAUACGGGAAUAGAUCUUGGUGAAUGGGAGUUUUCCGCUCAAGCAACUCCAACUAAAGCAAUCGAAGAUCGUUGUCGCUCAGCUAGGAUAAACCAAUCCAUCUUAAAUGGCCUGUUGAGCAGAGAUUUAACUGACGCACAAACGGGUAUUAUCAAGGUUCCAUAUUUACAAAUUGCAGGUGUCUUUGGACAACUAUUGGUAGAAGACUUGGUAAAUGGUUUCUAUGUCGUUUAUCCGGGACCAAUAUUUGAGAUACCAACAAGAUUGAAUCACAUUAGAAAAUUAAAAUCGGUGAUAAUAUCUUUUAAGCAUAUAAUGGAAAUGUAUAAAGAAGUCAACGAAAUACUUGCUGAGUUAAACCAUAGUCGGAACUUACUUGAAGAUAUUUUCAAAGUUGAUGGCGUUAGAUCAUUACGACACAAUUCAUACAAAUCAGUGUUCAUCCAUAAACCAUGGUGGACACCAAAGAGCAAAUCUCAAAAAUCUCAAUCAGAGAAAGGGACUAAUGAAGUUCAGAUAGUCGAUGAUAGUGAUUGUAGCCACGACAAUGAUUCUGAAGAAGAGAGGCUAGAUGAAUCGGAUGAUGACGGAUAUAAUGGGUACGAUAGAUAUGAUGAAUAUGGUGGAUGCGAUAGAGGCUAUUAUUAUCGUGACAGAAGAUACGAAAGAAAAAGCUCACCAAUGAUGAGUCCUAUUAUCUUACCACCGUGA